AUGGCUACCAAAGAGCCUUACCAAGACUUGGUGACAGAAAACACUGAACAGGACGACUUCGAUGAAGCUGAGGAGACACUAUCCCUAUGUGAUCUUCCCAUAUACAGCGACUCUGCUCAUUACGAAGACUUCUCUGAACAACUUCAAAGCUUUUCAUCAUCAUCGCCGUCUGAUCAAGACUGCUUUGAGUUCUUUAGUGAAGAUUGGAGUAAUGGGUCCAGUUUUUCAUCGAAAAACAUCAUCUUCUGCGGAAAGCUCAUUCCCUGCAAAGAACCAGUCUCCGAAGACACCCACAAGAAAGAAAGCAACAGAGAGCGAGAAGAACACAAGCCUGGCCUUUUCCGGUGGACGUCGAAGUCGUUGAACAAAUCAAAACCCUCUGAAUCCAAAAAAAGGGUGUCAAAUUUGCAGUAUGUUUCGAGUUCAAAGACUUUGUCAUCGCCGGUGCCAGAGAAAUAUAGGUACAAUAACAACACCCAUAAGUACUGCAUCAACAAAUAUGAUAUUUGCACGACAAAGUCCAGAUGGUACUUGUUUAUGUUUGGAUUGGCUAGGGUUCCGGUUGAGAUGGGACUGAGUGAUAUGAAAAGCAGGAAGAUUCGCCGGAAAUCACUGUCAUUUCAAAGGAGCGGCGGCGGUGAGAAGGUUGGGAGAAGAAUGAAACGGUUGUGGGGACUGAUUAGGGCAUUGGGUUGUGGUGGCCUCCACCAUUCAACCAGUGUCGUGAGUGGUAGCACUGCCUUUUUUAGUCCGAGUAUGUCAGGAUUGACUAUGUAGUAAAAGCUCUUCAAUAGUAUUCGUA